AUGUCCCUACAAGUGCUCAAUCCCCUACCCAGCCCCCGCUGCAGUCCUAGCAACCGAUAUGAAUGCUGCUGCUCCUCCACCGAAUCGGCAGGGUCGGAGCACCUCGGCUCCGCCUCAGAAAGUCCGUCCAUCUCAAGGCGACAAGAGACCACCUAUUUUCCUACCGCCGUUGCUAUCUCAACCACCGCCUCUGUCACUGCUGCUCCCAUUGCCAACCAAUCCAGGCGAGUGCGAUUUCGACCGCCUCCCACAAACACCACCACCACCACCACAGCGGCGACGGCGCCAGAGGAUUGCUCCUGUAAAGAGGAAAAGAAAGAGGUUAGCGUGAGUGUAGCUGUAAAGAGAUUUUUUCGAAAAUUCAGUGAAUUGUGUGAAGAUUUGAAGCCGGGCGUGGAAUGA